AUUUAUGAACUGUAAGUCGUCGAUGCUUAUGUGAUAAAUCCCCCGAGUAGAAACUUGAGAAGUCGCCUAUAUAUACCCUUCUUUCUCUUGUUCUUCCCUUGCAUCUCCAAGUCUUUCACCGACGUGAAUCGGGAAGAACACAAGACCGAAAGAGAGCAAGCCUUGAUGGGAUCCAAAACCCGGCUUCUGUCCCUCCUCACCCCAAUCCAACUCCUGCAGGCUUUCUUCUGUUUUCUUUUAGCUCUGACACUCGCCCUCCAUGCCAUACUCUCUUCCACCUCCACCCUUCUACUUGACCACAACAUCAGACUCGUCCUCUCGCAACAUAGGAUUGCACUCUUCUCCCUUCUAUGGUGCACCUUGGUCGCUCUCCUCACCUACCUCUCCACGCGGCCUCGACCGGUCCUCCUCCUCGACUAUGCUUGUUUCCGCCCCGACACGGAUCGCAAAUGCAGUUACGAGACGUGCGAGUACUUCGUCCGCCGCAGCCGCCGCUACAACGACGUCAGCGAGCAGUUCAUGAGCGGGAUCUACCACAAGUCCGGCCUCGGCGACGAGACCUAUGUGCCGUCCUUCAUCUUCCAGAACGACUACGAAGCCAAGCUGCAGUCGGCGCUCGAGGAAGCCGAGGAGGGCAUGACGGCCGCCGUCGACGCCCUUCUCGCGAAAACCAACGUCCCGGCCUCCGCUAUCGACCUCCUCAUCGCGACUUGUGGCAUGUUCGCUCCGUGCCCCUCACUGACGUCCCUUCUCGUUCACCAUUACCGCCUCCCGGAGUCGACCACGACCUACAACCUCAGCGGCAUGGGGUGCAGCUCCGGCGUGGGGGCCAUCGACCUCGCGGCAAGAAUACUAAAAAGUUCACGUAAAAUUCGCUAUGCGCUCGUCGUGAUCACCGAGAGCAUAAGCCUCAACUGGUACUUCGGAGAUAACCGCUCCAUGCUGGUGACCAACUGCAUCUUCCGCGUCGGCACCGCCGCGGUCCUCAUCACCAACGACCCAGCCAAGCGUGAUGUCGCCAAGAUGGAGUUCCUCCACUCCCUCCGCACGCACCACGGCGCGGACGACGCCUCCUACCGUGCCGCCUACCAAGAGGAGGACGAUGCCGGCACCGUGGGCGUCGCGCUAAAGAAGGAUCUUAUCCGUGUUGCCGGCGAGGGUCUGCGCGCCCACAUACGGCUCCUGGCGCCCAGGGCACUGCCGUGGUCCCAGCUGAUACAAUAUGCCUAUCACGUGGUGAGUGGGUGGGUGAGGAAAGGCGACCAGAAGCAGAAGGUGCCGGAUUUCACGACGGCGUUCGAGCACAUGUGCGUGCACACGGGAGGGAAGGCGGUGAUCGAGUCGGUGGGCCGGCUGAUGCAGCUCGACGACAGCGUGACGGAGCCGGCGCGGAUGUGCCUGCACCGCUUCGGGAACACGUCGAGCAGCCUGGUGUUCUACGAGUUGGCCUACUUUGAUGCCAAGGGACGUAUAAAGAGCGGGGACAAAAUAUGGAUGCUGGCAUUCGGGACGGGGUUCAAAGUCUGCAGCCUGGUGUGGAGGGCGCUCGGGGACUCUGUGAUGGAGCCAGACAACCCAUGGAAGGAUUGCAUCCACAGGUACCCCAUGAAGACGUGGUAAUAAAUAAUCAGUCAAAUGCAUCCAUGGGUGCCUGUGCGUAAAGUUGAAACGUGAAAGCUGAGGGUGACGGUGAAUAAAUUGAUAAUCCACCCAUCUUGAUUUGAUUUUAUCCCAUCUCUAACAAGCUGGAGAUGGAUACAAUGUCAUAAUCAAAUUAUUAUAUAUAGCAGUAUUAUCAUCAUCAAGAUAUGGAUAGCUUUGUUAA